CCCCCCCUCCGCAUCCUCAAAGCUAGAUCCGUCUCCUUCCCGGAAGCUCUCGAUCCUUUACCUCCUCGAAGUUUUCUUAGCACGAAUCCACGUGAUGCGAAGUCUGAAUCACUUCGAUUGGUCGUUCCAGAUCCGUCAAAAGGUUUGCUACGAUUUUUUUGCAUUCCAUUUCUUCCGUUGAUAGCUUACCUUUAUGUUCUUCACGCUGUUCCGAUUUGGUUCCCCCCAUUUUAUGCUCCUCUUUUGCUGAAAGGUCGUAAGAUCUUAAUGGCUAAUAAGGAAAUGGAGAAGCUUUUUGAUGCUACUGUGAACAAAGGGAAAGAAUGCAGCUUGGCAAUGAAUUCAGCAGUGGGUUCACUUGUGCAAUUCCAGAAGAACAUUCAGAAUUCUUUGAAGGGGCAUUUGAGGAAACUGAUGAAUGAUAAACAGAAAAUUGGUGCUAGAAGUUCUCUGGUAUUGGUGGAAAAUGAAUCACCAAGUGCUUUGGAGGCCAACUUUAAGAAGCAGCUCGAAGCCUGGAAAGAGAAUUCAUUCUGGGUUGAUCAGGCGCCAGAGAUUAAGGUUUCUGUACCUAAAGGAUCUCUUUGUAACUUGAAUGUCAAAUUCAAUGUUGGAUUGCCUCCGGAUGCCAUAUUCAAUAUUGUGAUUGACCCUGAUAACAAAAGGGUGUUCAAAAACAUUAAGGAGGUGAUAUCAAGAAAGGUGCUACUUGAUGAGGGCUUAAGGCAAGUUGUUGAGGUGGAGCAAGCAGCGAUAUGGCGGUUUCUUUGGUGGUCUGGGACUAUAACAGUCCAUGCCAUAGUUGAUCAAAAUCGGAAAGAUCAUACGGUUAAGUUCAAGCAAGGAAAAUCCGGAUUCAUGAAACAAUUCGAGGGUUGUUGGAAAGUAGAACCUUUAUUUGUCGAUGAACAAAUGUGCCAACCAUUCAAGCCAACAACGUGGAACGAUUACGACUCAUGCACACAGGGGAAGGGAAGAGUUGGAUCCGUUGUGACAUUAGACCAACUGAUCCAGCCAGCUCUCGUGCCUCCACCACCGAUCUCAUGGUAUCUGAGGGGGAUAACUACUAGAACCACUGAGAUGCUUGUGAAUGAUCUUUUAGCAGAGACUGCUCGAUUGAGGUGUGCAGUUAGUAUUGAAGAAGUUAAAGGGGAUCUCGAAGGAAGUGUGCAUGAUAAAAUGCUUGAUUCAGCUGAUGCAUUCAUCGAUAUAAAGCAGAGAUGGCAAGUAGGAAGAAAGCAAAAUCGACGGCGAAAUAGAAGGCUCUUGUUGACUCAUUAAUCUCUUUGGGACCUUAUAGACCGUGUCGCUAUAUUUUGUAUAGUUUUGGCAGACUUGACAGUCCUGGAUUACCUAUUUGUACCUACACAUUGUGGUGUACUGAAAAGGAAGACACUUCGUGGUGUUCUCAUGGAGUUAUAUGUGGAGAUGACUAAGAUGAAGAAUAAUUAUUGUUAGGAUAGAAGUGACAAGGAAUUCACCCAUGGCAUAGCUGAGUUAGUAUCAUCAUAUGUGAUAUUUGCAAAAAUAGAUAAGGAUGGAUUCCCGAUAAAAUUAAUAGAAAUAUUUUACUA